AGCAUGGGCAGUGGAAACAGCACCACAGUGACAGAGUUCAUCCUUCUGGGCUUCACAUCAAGCCCAGAGCUGAGAGCCCUGCUCUUUGCACUUUUCUCAGUCAGCUACGUCACCAUCCUGCUGGGGAACGCCAGCCUCCUGCUGGCCAUCCACCUCAAUGCUCGCCUGCACACCCCCAUGUACCUCUUCCUCAGGCACCUGUCCUUCGUGGACCUCUGCUACUCCUCUGCCAUCGUCCCCAAGGCUCUGAACAGCUUCGUGACGGGAGAUGGGACCAUUUCCUUCUUGGGGUGCGCCGUGCAGUUCUGUGUCUUCGGUGGCAUGCUGACCACUGAGUGCUGCCUGCUGGUCGCCAUGGCCUACGACCGCUUUGUGGCCAUCUGCAAGCCGCUGCUCUACACUGUUACCAUGUCCGAUGGGGUUUGCACUUGGCUCCUGGCCUGCUCCUAUGCCAGUGGCUUCCUGAACUCCUUAAUCCAAACUGUCUGCACGUUCAGCUUGCCCUUCUGUGGGGCCAACCAGGUCGACCAUUUCUUCUGUGACAUCACACCCCUGGUGAAGCUCUCCUGCACCGAGACCCAGAGCAACAAGACCAUCAUCCUGGCCUCGGCCUGUGUCAUCGGUGUCAGCAGCUUCCUGACCACGCUGACUUCCUACCUGUACAUCUUCUCGGCCAUCCUCAGGAUCCCCUCCCCUCAGGGCAGACGCAAGACCUUCUCCACCUGCGCCUCUCACCUCACAGCCAUCUCCAUCUUCUUCGGGACUUUGAUCUUCAUGUACUUGCGGCCCAAGCCGAGUUAUUCUGCUCAGCAGGACAAAGCUGUCUCUGUGCUGUACACCCUAGUGAUUCCCAUGGUGAACCCCAUGAUCUACAGCCUGAAGAAUAAGGAAGUUAAAGAGGCAUUGAGGAGAAGGCUUCCUGUCACAGUCAGUGAUUGGCAUGUUCCCACCCUUCCCUCUUCCAAAGAACCUGGCCUAAGCAGAACUUUCUAUAAUACAUAGAGGGAGAAGAGCUAAAGACUAGAUGACAUUCACAAGGGCUUUGCUAAUGCUGAUCUAUCAAAGGUGGGCAGCAAUUUUCAAUGGACGCAAGGGAUUUAGGUGCCCAAAUCCAUUCAUAUGCAAUGAAAGUAGAAUGCCUUUCUCUCUUAGUAUCCUUUUAAAAUCCAUGGCCAAGAUACUACAGUGAUGGGCAACAAAAUAAAAACAUGUUGGAUAAAUAGACAAACGAACAGACAACACGUAAUGAUAGGUAGAUAGAUAGAUAAAUAGAUAGAUAGUGAACAGAAGUGGGAGGGGAAUAACAUUUUAAUUUGUAUCUACUUCAAGGAAAGGGUUACAUUAGUGACCCAUGGGGGUAAUCUGAAAGUAACUUUAUAGUACAGAAAGUCAGAUGACCAACAUUUUCCAGAGUUGCUCUUGGUUUUGGCUCCCUUGAUUUGUGAGAACUCAGCUUAGACACCUUGGUCCUGAGAUGUCAGAGGAAAUGAGCAAAUGCCGCUCCUAUUGUCCAUCCAUCUCUCCCUCUCUAUCUCAGAUGAUGAGCUCUCCAGGUUGGCUUCCCUUUGGAGAAACCAGCUACACAGAUUCAAAGUUUUGCUUUUUUAUUUACACUAUAUACAUGUGGCCUGGCACAGAGGUGGUCAGAAAGAUCACACAGUCAAUCCUUGCUAUUAGAAAUCUCAGCCCCCAAACCAACGCCCGAUACCCAUGCAGUAUGUUUGCCCAAAAAAUGCCUUUAGAUAAAGAACAAAUUUUCUUGCUAUUUCCAAGAGCUCCCUGCAAAAAAAAUUAUAUUAAAUUAACAACAAUAGAACAUUUCUUCAAAGUCUGAAAAGAGCUUUCACAAUAAGAAAAAAGGUAAGAGCACCACCUAUUGACUCCUGCCAUAACAAUAUUUUAGGGCAGUGGAUGAAUUUUGUUAAGAAAAUCAAUCAAUGUAAAUGUGAAGCAGAAUAUAUUCAAGUUAUCAGACUGGAUGGAAUAAACAUUUAAAGGUGCCUUGAAUUUUACAUUUUUUUGGAUUUUUUUAAAAUUCUUUCUUUCUUCAGAAUAAUUUGUUAAAAGUAUUCUCAGAAUAAUCAGUAAUAAAUUACUUCCAUAGAAAAGAAUUAUUAAUAUGUAAUCAUUUUUAUUAUUGUUAUUAUUAUUAUUAUUAUGCAAAUGUCUAUAAAACAAAGGCUGAAGGGACCUAUUAUUGCUCUCUCUAAAUACAUCAGAGGGUUAAACACCAGGGCAGGAGAGGAGUUAUUUAAGGGCCAAUAUUGGCACAAGAACAAUUGGGUAUAAACUGGCCAUUAAUAAGUUUAGGCUUCAAAUUAGAGGAGGGUUUCUAACCAUGAGAGGAGUGAAGUUCUGGAACAGCCUUCCAAGGGGAGCAGUGGAGACAAAAAAACUAACUUGCUUUAUGACUGAUCUUGAUAAAUUUAUGAAGGGGAUGGUAAAA